GCUAGCUGGUGUCAAAGCAGCAGCUCCGUAAAGUCCCCCUCUCCCGUCCGUCAUCUAACGACCACAAACAGACAUGUCUGACUUCUCAGAGGACCAGAUCAUUGAGUUUAAGGAAGCUUUCCUUUUGUUUGACCGGACGGGUGAGGGGAAGAUCUGCUACAGCCAGUGUGGUGAUGUCAUGCGGGCCCUCGGACAGAACCCUGUCAACGCCGAGGUUCUCAAGGUCCUGGGAAACCCGAAGCUGGAAGAGAUGAACCACAAGAUGUUGGAUUUUGAGCAGUUCCUGCCCAUGCUUCAGGCUAUUGCUAAGAACAAGGACCAGGGCUCCUUUGAGGAUAUUGUAGAGGGCCUGCGUGUCUUUGACAAAGAAGGAAAUGGUACAGUGAUGGGAGCAGAGCUACGUCAUGUCCUCACCACAUUAGGUGAAAAGAUGACAGAGGAGGAGGUGGAGACUCUUCUUGCUGGACAUGAAGACGCCAAUGGCUGCAUUAACUAUGAAGAACUCGUCCGGGUGGUGAUGAGCGGUUGAGGAUUUCACAAACACACUCCCAGCUUUAAUUUGAAUCCUUAAGAUUUCUGUUUUGUUGAUUCUGUCUCGCUUAUUCCAUCUGUGUCAUCCUACCUCCAAUAAGUCUGUGUUUUUCUUUCUUUAGACAUCGUUAUUUUAUUUGUAAAGUGCCUUUUCUGUCUGAUGUGGAGAGGCCCUCUCAUCUCAUUUCCUCAAAUUAUUCAACCUUGCAGCUAAUAUUUCCUUCUCUGUUCCUUCUGUGUCAAUCAACCUCUGUCAGGCUAGCUGUCAACCAGCUCUUUUGGGAGCCCUUGGAAUAUGUUUUGGGAUGGAUAUGAAAAUGUGUAUGUGAAUGAUGAGAAUAAUGUUACAUUUAACAGUAUUGAAUAAAAAUCCUGCUGUCUUUCAGCCUGAGUCCGUGCUUAAAUCAAAUAUCUCUGUAUUAUAUAUUAUCACACUUUUUAAAUCACAUUUUAAAGUUAUUAUAUCUGAAUAUCAAUGAAACAUCUGACAAAUAUGAUCA